AUGGAGAAGGGCUUCUUAGCCGACCUCAAUGAAAGAAUUCAAAAUCCAGAAUCGCAACGUUGUUUGGUGCUGGUCAUCGUCUGCAUAGCCCUCCUUCUGGACAACAUGCUCUAUAUGGUCAUCGUCCCCAUCAUCCCUAUCUACCUGGACGAAAUGAAGGCAGACGAUUCAUCUACAACAACAACGUCGAUAAAAAUAACGACAUCAAUCAACUACUCUUGCAAACAACACCUGCUCCAAAUGCCAAAAACAAAAAAGAAUUUAGUUGGAAAAACUGUUCCGAUUCUGGUGAAAUAUUCUGGAGAUGAAAGCACCGACGCGAGAGUUGGCAUACUCUUCGCUUCGAAGGCUCUCGUGCAGUUGUUCAUCAGUCCAAUUAGUGGGACAGUCAUUGACAGGAUAGGUUAUGAAACGCCUAUGAUAAUUGGAUUGUCCAUUAUUUUCUUUUCAACAACCAUCUUUGCAUUUGGAAGAAGUUACGCGCUGUUGUUCAUAGCUCGAAGUCUGCAAGGAGUAGGUUCAGCUUUCGCCGAUACCUCAGGCCUGGCGAUGAUAGCUGAUCGUUAUAAAGAAAAUGCUGCUCGUUCGAAGGCGCAAGGCAUUGCUUUGGCUUUCAUUAGUUUUGGCUGUCUCUUUGCUCCUCCGUUUGGUGGAUUUUUUUACAAGUACGCAGGGAAGGCGGUCCCGUUUUUACUGCUGUCUUUAAUUGCUCUAGCAGAUGGUGUGAUGUUGAAACUUGUCUCCAAACCAGCAAAGAAAAAAGAGAAACAGACUCUAUGCGACAAUGGUUUAGAGAAGAAAGGAACUCCUAUUUAUAAGCUCAUUUUAGACCCAUACAUUGCUCUUUGUGCUGGUGCACUCGUCAUGGCGAACGUGUCACUAGCUUUCUUGGAACCUACGAUAGCACGCUGGAUGAAAGAAACUAUGAAAGCAGAUGAGUUUCAAAUUGGCGUCGUUUGGCUUCCACCAUUCAUUCCACAUGUUUUAGGAGUUUACGUAACAGUAAGGCUGGCUAAACUCUACCCGAAACAUCAGUGGCUGAUAACUGCUGUGGGGCUUUCGUUGGAAGGAAUAAGUUGCUUAAUCAUUCCAUUCUGCUCCAACUUUAAAAUGGUCAUUCUCCCACUGAUGAUUGACUGUUUUGGAAUUGCUUUAGUGGACACGGCCAUUCUUCCGUCUCUGGCUUAUUUGGUGGACCACAGGCACGUUUCAGUGUACGGCAGUGUCUACGCCAUAGCUGACAUCUCUUAUUCGUUGGCGUAUGCAUUUGGUCCAAUUUUAGCUGAUGAAAUCUAUCAAAAAAUUGGAUUUUUCUGGUUAAACUUUGGAAUAUUUUUAAGCAACGUGCUCUACGCACCUCUGUUGAUUUUUCUGAAAAACGUUUACAAGUACAAUGAAUUUGAAGCUGAAGAAGACGAAGGUUACGUUGGUGAAGAUGCCAGCCCACCAGAUCCUCACCUACGUAUCCAGUAA